AUGGGUGAAAAUUGCGACGAGACCCUAGGUCGAGUGAAGUUGGCGGCCAUUGACGGCCGCAUGAGAAUCUUGCGCUUUCGCCAGCUUCAGUUUCAAAACCUUUACCAGUAUCUUAUACAAAAUCGAGAUGUGUUCAUCGAGGCUACGCAAUUUGACGAUGGAUGUACUAAGGAAGAGGCCGAGAUUGAAUUCGCGUCGGCCUUGAUCGACCUGCGCAACCACUACGAUGCUCUCGAUUUGACCACCGACCUGGAGCAGGAGUACAGGGUGUCCAAAGGACAGUGCAACGAGGCGCACAAGGUCGCGAUUGGUAUUGUUUAUAUUAUUCCAGAUACGAUCUCGGCGCUGUUUGGUGUGUUAAGUGCGCUGUGUGCCGCCAUUCAAGCGGGAAGUUGCUGUAUCCUCGAGAUGGAAAAUACUACGCGCAAGACAUCUGUGUUGUUGCGCCAAAUAUUCUCUGAGUCAAUGAACAAGGAUGCGUUCGGGGUCGUCCUUUCCAGAGCCUCCCCUCCUCUUUUACUUCAGUGCGUUGUGGUCGAUCAAGCCCGGAAGCUUAGGACCACCGAUGACUCCAAGCCCUGUAGAGUUCUCACGUCGCCAGCAACACCGAACGUGGCUCUCGUAGACCGGACUGCUGACGUUGAGCUUGCCGCAAAAGAGGUCGUUGCAUCCCGGCUGGCUUUUGAUGCCCGUGGCCGUUAUGCGGUGGAUGCGGUGUUCGUCAAUGAAUUCGUAGCUGAUGCUCUAGCCACGGCUGUGGUUCAAGCCGCCCAGAAGUAUUUUGGACAGCACAAAAUUGCUGGUUCACAGAGAUCCACCCGUUAUCUGAGUUCUAAGAGUGACAUCUCAGACAUCGCCCUUCUCGAGAAUGAGGUGAGGCUUGGACGCGCCAAAGUUGUCCAUAGUGAUUCCGGGAUGACAGUCGUGGAGGUUCUCGAAAGGUCGAGCGCCCUUGUGAAUACGAAAGUGUCAUCUCGCACCGUUAUAUUGAUCCGGUCAACCAGUCUUGAUGACUUCAUCGACGUGCUUGACAAUGGCAGCAGCCAGCUCUCAGUCGGCGCGCUGUUCGUUUUCGCUGGCCCUCGUGAGGCGAAGUACUUGGCGCAACAUAUCUUCAGCCAAGUAACGAUUGUCAAUCAUAUUCCUGCCCAAUUACUGGUUGGUCCCACAACACCCAUCGGGUACCCAGUAUCUUUGCGAACAAGGUACUCUGCAUCCAUGUUCGAGUACCCGAGUCCGCAAUUCGCUGUAGGUCCAAGGUCUCAUCUUGCGUCGAGAAUCCUUGCUGGUCCAACGAAAUCCGCUUGGCUCAUGGGCAUCGCUCAGAAGCCGUUGAAGCCAACAGGGCAGCCACCGCCUGGAGCAUGGGGAUUUUUCGAACAGGGCAUGGUGAUUGGUGCACUGGUUUAUCUUCUGCCAAUCCUGAGUGUAUCAUUGUUCGGUGCAGGUUACGCCAGUAUCUGGGGCUAUCGAAAAUUCACCAUCCGCUCCUAA